CGAGUGUACUAUGAUGAGAAAGAAAGACUUUCGUGGAGCGCCUUGAUGCGCCAUCUAGAAUAGAUCUUUCAGGAAUAACAGACUUCACGAAUUUCGAUUUCGGUAUUUCCAAGAAAGAUGAGUACAACCUCUCGCGCGCGCACAGGCGGUGCGCGUGCGUCGGUGAGGGCUAAGCUUGUACCGCGAGGCGCUCCACCAGACUCAUUCGCAGCAUCGCUACAACGGUUUUCCCUCAGAGCACAAGAGGAAGUGGGAAAUGUCGCAUCCGACCUGGUGGUGAGAGGCAACGACUUCUUGGCUUCAACGCAGGUGCUCCCGCAUCUUGAGUCAGCAUUGGGCGUCAUCGUUGGAACGUUUCUAUCUGCAGAUGAGGAGGAAGCUACACGAAUGCUAGGCGCAACUGAAGGCACUGCAGCUCGUCUGACGAGCGGAGCAGAUGGACGAGAAAGCUUAAACUCUGGUAACGCCCACCUUCACUCGUGGGAAGUGAUUAGACGCUUUUUGCCGACGUCUCUGGAUUUACUGGUCCUCGUUUUUUCGCUCUUCUGCCUCAACGUGGCGUACAUGAUUUUUUCCGAUUUUCCAGUCCUGCUAGACUUUUUGUGGCUGUGCAUGCACGCCUCUCUGUGGGGCGUCAGUUGGGGUCUCUGUGCAUUUUUUCGUGGAUUCGAUUUGUUUACUGUGUAUUCGCACUGGCAGGCGGGCGAGGGUGAUGUAGAGCUACACCAGUCGAUCCUCUUGCGUAUUUUGGGUGUGGUAAACGCACUGGCUUGUGUUUUCUUCGUAACUCUGACCAUUGUGCGGAGUUGGCGGCUUCGGCAAGCUCGUGCGACGUCGGCUCUUGAGAAUGCUCGAGUACGCGCUCUUUCCGCGGACGUUAAAGAUUCGGUUUCGCAGGGUAGCGCGGUCGUGAGCAGCGCUUUUUCCGGCAGUGCAAGCGAAGGAGAGGAAGGUUUUGAUAAGACUUCGCCUCCUGUGAAAAGCAAGAGUGAAGAGGGAGCGAUUACUGGGGCGUCGGGUGUAUCGCACACGGAGAGCGCACCAGCCGAUGCGAGACUCAUGGCUAGUAGAGCCAGUGAGGAUUUCUCGACGGAAUCGCUGGCGGAAGGAGCUGUAGCUGCGACUGUAGCCACCACGGCACCACAUCACUCGAAGAUGCUCGGGCAUGGUUCACAAGAAAGUGCGAAGCCGAUUAGUCGGGAGGCAAGCAAGGAUGAUGUUGCAACGUCGGCUGGUGGUUCGACGCGCCCUUCUGGUUCGUCCUCUUCAUCCUUGUUGAACUGGACUAGUGACGAAGGGGGCCUCUUGGCGGUUCACAAAACAAGCGACAAUUCGGAUCAAGAUGAAAGUCAAAAUCGUCUGAAGGCAACAGGAUUGCCUGGUGCCUUGCCCAAGACGGUGGAGCAUGAAAAGGAGUCGUCGAAAACGACAUCGAAGUCGUCAGCGGAAGAAGAUUCGGAUCAACGGCGAGUCACAGCUUCCAAAGCAUCGACACGGGCCACACGGAGAGAUCUACAUCUUGACGAAGAUGAAGAGUCCGAGUCCGACGAUUCCAACAACGAGGCAACGUCAACUGACAAAAUCGGAGAACAGUCAUCUUCUAGCAGUUCCACAGGAGAUCAAGAGACGAAGAAGAAUUCAGAUAUGAAAAAUAAUGAAGUCGAUGACGUACUAGACGGACAACAUGCUCCGUCUGGAUCCUCUUCUAGCAAGGCACAAAGUUUCCUAGGACGCGGUAUCGGCAAGGGGCCCAUUGAAAACAAUGACCACGAGGCGAACAAGUACUAUAGGGAUGACACCAAUACUCCCAGUAAUAGCUCUUCUUCUGGUGCGAAUCGUAGUAAGAUGAAGGGCAGUGGUAGGGGACGAGUGGUGGCAAGCUCUUCGUCCUCCUCUUCUUCAUCAUCUUCUGCCUCUGCCUCGGAAGACGAUGGCGCCGUUUCGUCAACGAGCAUGGCUAGCCCACUUGCGAGUCCUGUUCCCUCUCCGAAAACUUCCGUCACGCUCACGUCCCCGAAGUCUCUCCUGGGCGACCACAGCAACAUCAACUAUCUUCGAGGUAACCGUUCAAAUAAGAGUUCCAUGAUGUUCGCUCGGAUCAACGAGAGGCCUGUUGUUUACAGUUUACCUUUACAGCAACGGCUACAACGUGAAAGGGAAGCGGAGGAGCGACGACGCAACGGUCUGGGUCGCCGACUGUUGUGGAGCGCAUACUACGCCCUUGCACUUGGGCCUUUGCUUGUGUUGUGUUUCAGCUCGAAGAUACUGGACGCGCCACUCGAGGAAGCUUUUCUCACGACGUUCGGGGAGGAGCAUCACAAAUUCAGUGGCAAGACAGUCCUCGUCUCGGAUGCUACGAGCGGCAUCGGCUUUCACACUGCAAAAUGGCUAUCGGAGUGGGGACGUGCCAAAGUUGUUUACUUAUGGAAGAUAGCUGGCAGGAUGAUCAUCAUGCAGGGAAAUCAUGUGGUGCAUAGCUUUCAAAUGUGGUGCAUAGGAGCGAUGUACUGUGUAGACAACUUCGAGAACUUGCCUUUUUAAUAGUUAUGUUGACAAUUCAUCAAAGAGCAGCACAAUUUUGAUGAAGCUCUAAUCUUGCUCGGCGCGCGCGGUCGUAAGGCAUGUGACCGCGUCAAAUCGGAAAUCAUGCGGCCUGAUUUCACGCGUCUGAAGUGUUUUCUUUUCGAUCCUUUUGACGCUCGUGUGGAUGAACAGAAACAGAAUGGCGAGACUGUCUUUCGGCGAAUAGAUGGCGCUCUCAAACGCGAUGAUUUUCAAGAAGAGGCGGACGGGCCAGUUGAUGUAUUGAUCAACACCGCAGGGUUCCUCCACUACCCCGUCGGAGGUGUUGUUAGGAGUACCGGCCUUCUGCCAAGCAACGAGAAUCACACUGUUGCAGGCGGGGAAAAUGGAAAUGAAGUCACGUCCUUACCAGCGACUUUUUCAUCAGCUGCACUGAUGUCACCGACUCUACGUGCCCAUCUGAAACCUUUCGCUGAAAACUACAAGCCCCGUGGCCCCCUUGACAACUUGCUGCCAAGAAGUACAUUGGGCGGGUCUGACACCAAAGAACACAUCUCUCGGCAAGUUGGUCGCGCAUUGAAAGAUGCUGAGGUCCUUGCAAGGUUGAACUCCAAGGAGGCACACGACGAACGCCCUUCUUACCUGCGAACCUUCACAGCGCAGCGGUAUCUGCAUACGCGUCUGCUCCAGCGAUACCCUGGUAUUCGCGUGGUGACGCUCGCGAGCAGUGCUAGCGCGCUAUGUCGUACUCUUGGUGUGUCCAACGAUGAGACCCACUAUCCGGAAACGGGGGACGAUUGGGAACGCCUGUUCUCUACGUUCUUUUUCUACCAAUUUUCGCAAGCCUUUGCUCCCGCAAUGUGGAGUGAUCUCUCUUCUGCUGCGAGAAUUUUCGGAAAGUUGUUAAGGCAGCUUUAUUGGGAUAAUAACUAGGCCUGCAGUAAGAAAACAAUCUGAUAAACGAAAAAAAAACAGAUUCGUUACGUAGAUGGAAGACUAUUUUUUUUUGCGAAAGACGCUUAACUCAGAAUAUGCGUCUUCGCAUGAAACCAGACUACAGCAAAUCACCGCUCUAAGAAUCGAGUUAAUUCUGGAAGAGUUCGUUCCCCAGUCACGGCUCUUCGAUAAGGUCUGGCCAUUGUCUCUUUUGGAUUGGCGUCGCUCCGUUUGGGUGGCUUUGAGUGCUGGUCUCGGGUACAUUGCGCCAGGAAAAGUGCUUCUGUCCGGUUUAGGUCCGGAGGCUGAAGAGCUGGCAGCGGAAGUAAACAGGCGGAACCGACUACGCGAUAACCCCUACCUGCAGGACCACGCUGCGGACGCGCGUCGGGGCCCGGGAAAGGUGUUUGAGAUCUUAACGCGCGAGCACUCCAAUUCUAUUCCACCAUUCAAGCAGAAAACAAAGACGCCUUCUUCGAGCACCGCUGAAGCGGCUCCGUUUUCGGACGAGACCGUCAUGCUUCGUGUGAAGAAAGCAGCGAUUUGCAAUGCCGGUCCCUAUGCGCAUGACAUUGCGCUUUUUGACUACAUUCGUGCAGCGUUCUGGCAGCAUUUGGGUGUGAUAUCACCACGCGAGACGUUGGUCCAAGGUCAUUUUGUAGCAGCUUCGCUUCCGCACGAGGAGGAGUACUUUUCGGAUUUCCUCGACUACUUCUCACCCACUACUUCAAGUCUCGUCGGCGGGCUACAACAUAUUAGCGACGAGAAGGACCUGGGUUUUGUGUACAGCGUGGUCGAGGCCGUUCAAGGCUUUUUCUCGCUCAUUUUGCGCCGGGUGCGAGAACAAUUUGUGCGAGAGGGUCGCAUUGGCGCCAUCCCGCUCAUUAAAGCAGCAUUAUCCUCGAUGUUGCAAUCUCGAAAUGUGGAAGAUGAGGUGAAGUCCGUCCUUAGUUCCUCUGGAAUUCCUUGUUUUUCUUCACAAGGUGACAAAACGACGUGUUUACCCCAUAGCAGCCAUUUGACAGUCCACAAGGAGCAUCUGCGGGACACGGAAAGGAACCUGAUUCCACAACAGACGCAUUCAUAGUUCUUGUAGACUUAAUAAACUUACAACGAGCUGCUCCUUGUUCUUGCAGUCACUAUGAUGAUUCAUCGCGCAUUCGUUUUCUCUCCUUCCUUGAAGAAGUUGCUAACUAAGCGUAUUCACUUCCAGGACCCUCCUAAGUUGUACAUCGGAGGAGCCCCUCGGCAAUGAUUGUCCUGCUAGUAGUACAUUAGAUUAGAGUCGGGCGUUCUCGCUCUUACGCGUGGUGCCCGAGCCGGAG